AUGGGCGGCGGCGCACGUUAUCCAUACCGCAAAGACGUCUGGUCACCCGCCGGAGGCUGGUGGUCCCAGCCCAAGACAUGGCGCCGCAACACCGCCAUCCUCUUCGGCGGUAUUCUGCUCGUCACAUACGGCGCUGCAUCGGUAUCGUGGGACCGCGAGCAACGAUACGUUCUCCCAACGCGCUGGGUGCCUUCUAUGCUUUUCUCUCGUCAGUUUAGGGAAGAUGAGGCGGCGAAGGCUGUCGCUGAGAAGUACUCGCACUAG